AUGGCGCUGCGGCCAGGCGAGAUCACGGACCCAGAAAGGCGGGCCUUGGGUCAAGCUCCUCUUAGGUCGGUGACCUCGCUUAGUGGCCUCGCCUCUGCAGGCGGAUCUCCCUCUCCCCUUAGUGGAGUCCAAGCCUCCCAGACCGCUCACCCGCUGGCCCUUGGGGAACUCGGCUUCGGGAACGUUGGCCCCGCCCCGCGGCUCCUCCCGCCCCGCCAUUGGCUCCGCGGGCCGGGGGCGGGGCCGAGCGCCCAACCGCCGGGUUGGCGUCAGGCGCCUCGAGCGCAGUUUCCGGGCGUCGGUGGCGGAGAGGCCGGAGCGUCGGGUCGGAGGCUGAGAGGCUGCAGCGGCCAGGAGCGACCCCGCCCCCUCCCCGCUCGCUCUGGGCUAUGUCUGGCUUUUGUGGAAAGCAGAUUCAACAUAUCGAAGGGAAAUGAAAACGCAGACGGCAGCUUCCAGAUCAACAGCCAUUACUGGUGCAAUGAUGACAGGAGUCACUCAGAAAACAUUUGCCACGAGGACUGUCAAGAUGUACUGAGCCUCAAUCUUCUCUCAGCCAUCAGCUGUGCAAAAAAAGAUUGUCUCUGGAGCAGGGGGUAUGAAGAACUGGGUAGCAUGGAGGUUGCACUGUGCAGGCCGGCCACUCUCCUACUGGAUGACAGGAUGUUUCUCGGGAUGAGACAGGACACAGGGCUGCCGUAGAGUCAUUCCAGAGCUCCUCUUCUCACUCAGGAAUUCAUUUCUCCUUCCUCUUGCCUCUGCUUCAGGUUAUUUUCUUUCCUUCCCAUUUACCAAUAAACCUGACCAUAGCCCCCAGGAAUAAAUGGUUUUCUCGGGCUUCCUCCUUGUACCUGUCUGGGCCCAGGCCUCUGGUUCUGACUCUCAUUUGCAAACCAAGAGGACCACAAUGAAGAAGUUGUUAUAUUUGGAUAAUUAUUAAAGCAUUCCUUGUGCAAAGAA